ACCCAAAAGCAGAGGCUCCCGAGUCCCCGUCUCACUCCACUAGCCCCCCCCCCCUCCCCUCUGCGCGGCUCUGCCCCGCUCUGCUCCGCGCCGCACUCUACACCGACACGCCACCGCACCGCCUUUAACUACGCCCACCUCCGCCCACCCCCAGCUAGCUCACACCUUAAGGAGGCGCACCACCACCACCCCCAGACCCAGGACGACACCACCACGCCGCCAGGCAGUAGCGAGCUGAGAUGGCGUCCAUCAUCGUGCAGGCGGUGGUGAUCCUGCUGGACGUGGUCGCCUUCGGGUUGGGCGUCGCCGCGGAGCAGCGCCGGAGCCGGGCAACCGUCACCCCGGACGCCGCCAAGGAGUACGACUACUGCGUCUACGACUCCGACAUCGCCACGGGCUACGGCGUCGGCGCGCUGCUCCUGCUCGCCGCCGCGCAGGUCGUGCUCAUGGCCGCCAGCCGCUGCUUCUGCUGCGGCCGCGGCCUCAAGCCCGGGGGCUCCCGCGCCUGCGCGCUCAUCCUCUUCCUCUUCACAUGGGUGACCUUCCUCAUCGCGGAGGUGUGCUUGCUGGCGGGAUCAGUCCGCAACGCGUACCACACCCGCUAUAGGGGCAACUUCUACGGCGAGCCCCUCUCCUGCGAGACAGUGCGCAAGGGUGUCUUCGCUGCUGGUGCAGCCUUCACCUUCUUCACGGCCAUUCUGGGUGAGGUCUACUACCUCAGCUACUCAAAGUCGCGUGAUGCUGCUGGUGGUGCACCCUAUGGCGGCUCCAGCAUCGGCAUGGGCACUUACAACUAAAGGAGCUUGCUGAAGACCAGCCACGGUAUUUUCAGCUGAUUUCGUGGUGGAGGAAUGCAAUGUUCUUGUUAACAUCACCUUAGUAGUGACGCGGUGUAAUUGGUUAUUGGAUUCGCUGUUUCUUUGCUAGGUUCUUGUAUGAGGUCACGGUUGGGCUGUAUACUGUUUGGAUUAUUGGGUUGGAUUCUGGACAUGGAAUACACGUAUCGUAGUAUGCUAUGCUGUUCAUACGUACUUUAUUCU